CAGUGAUGGUGUGGGUGAGCACCUUGCACAGUGUUCAGUACGUUCAUUGAGUGUGGUGGUGGCAGUCGAGGUGGGUUCCUCCACCCACUCCCAUCCACCCACCAAUCCACCCACACACCCACCUCCCUCCUCUCAGUUUUCAGAUGGAGAGGCUGAAGGACGGUGGGCACCACAACCCCGUCACUUCGAAAAUCCCGAAGAUGGAGUCAGUGAGAGAAUUUCGCGUACACACGUCAGCAGAAUCACUGGAUAACCUAGCUGAUAUUUUCCCCUAUAUAUCUUCUAUGGUUUUGUCUCGGGGUUCACCAUAUUACUCAUUACUGAUCCUCUGAUAUUCCCUCGUGCAGAUAUUUGUUUAUUCAGUGCAAUAAAUUAAAGUGGGACUGAAGGCUCGAAAUUUAUCUGAGAUAUAUCAGACGUGAUGCUAUUAUUUUUUUUUCCAAUUUUGCUCCAUAGAAUAUUAAUUUAAAAAGUUUUUUUUAAGGCCCUAGCAAGAGAAAAUCUAAUACCGAAUUGUGGGCACUUUGAAAACAGUUGGAAAUUAUUAAUUAUAAUGGUAUAACGGCCCUCUGUUCCAUGGGAACCUGAAGUGUUAGUCUGUGUACAGUGACGAACGCCAUUAAACAAGUGCAAUGGAGGAACUAAUGUGACGCUAAAGUGUUGUGUUUGAGAGGACAGGAGAGUGCUGGAGACAUGUGGGAAGGUAUGGACAUGGACCGCCAGUACUGGGAGACCAAAUUCCGACAACUUUUCCUGGGUGGAGUCACGCCUAGCCAGCUUCUCUCAAGGAGAACACGGUUGUCCUCGCGACUAAUGGAGAAGUACGAGAAGUUAAGUAAGAUCGGCGAGGGUUCCUACGGAGUCGUCUACAAGUGUCGUAACCGUGAGACCGGAAGUCUGGUGGCCAUUAAGAAGUUCGUCGAGUCUGAAGAUGAUCCACUUAUCAAGAAGAUUGCUCUGAGGGAAAUACGGAUGUUGAAGCAAUUGCAUCACCCAAACCUGAUCAACUUGAUAGAGGUCUUCAGAAGGAAACGGAAGCUGCAUCUGGUGUUUGAGUUCUGUGAUCGUACUGUUCUUAAUGAGCUGGAGAGUAAUCCAAAGGGGCUGCCAGACGAGAAGGUGAAGAAGAUAAUCUACCAGCUGGUCCAAGCUAUCGGCUACUGUCACAAGCAUAAUUGUAUUCACAGAGACGUCAAGCCAGAGAACAUCUUACUUACUAAGUCUGGCGUUGUUAAGCUCUGUGAUUUCGGCUUCGCCAGGAUGCUGAGUCCAGGAGACAACUUGACAGACUACGUGGCCACAAGAUGGUACCGUGCCCCUGAGUUGCUGGUGGGAGAUACCCAGUACGGUGCCCCGGUGGAUGUGUGGGCCAUUGGUUGCGUUUUGGCCGAGCUGGCCAAGGGUGAGGCUCUCUGGCCCGGCAAGUCUGAUGUAGAUCAACUCUACCUAAUCAGAAAAUCUCUAGGUGACCUCCUGCCUGACCACAUGCGCAUAUUUAAGGACAAUGAAUUUUUCCGCGGCUUGAACAUACCAGAACCUGACACUGUGGAGUCUAUAGAGAGCAAGAUGCCCAAAUCUUUCCCUCGAGAAGGACUUGACUUUCUUAAGAAAUGUGUCGAUCGCGACCCAGCCAAGAGAUGGACGUGUGACCAGCUGCUGGGGCAUGAUUACUUCAAGGGGUUCACCUAUAAGAUACCAGAGGAAGACCAGCUGGAACACGACAGAUUGAAGAACCCAAGUGUCUCCGGUUCCAUGUUACUUCCUCAACUGGCCAGCACUCCAGUGGGUGGAGGUUCAGUGUCCACCUCCUCCUCACCUGAAAUCCGACAGCCAGUUCACCGUGGAUCCCGCAACUUUGACCACCUGCCCACCAUCUGACAAAACGGCCUUGGGAUACACCGGCCACCUACCGUGUUACCACCUAACAUGGUGCCCUCACCUACUCUGCCCCAAGGCCAAACUUCUAAAGUUUCUAAUGGGCUUCGAGGUGCCUCUAAAUCAAAUGCCAGUCCAGCUGCUGGCAGUCGCCAGCCUCCGCCUGUUCUGGACAGAGCUAAUCUCUAUUCCAUUUUGUAUCGGAAAUAUAAUUCCUCAUAGCUUUUACCUUCAAUUUCCAUCUGGAUCAAACCUGGUUACCUUCCCUUUCCCAGGUGCCACACGACCCCUAUGGAUUUAACGCUUCCCAGUAAUAAUAAUACUAUUAACACAAUUCCUACGAAAGAGAUGAAUUAUUAACGAAGAUAAAUACGAGAUAUUGAAAAAAAUCAGAAUCUCUAAGAGGGAGAGAGACUGAUAGAUAUUGUACAGUGCAUUUUGAUGCUGGAAAAAUCUACCUAUAGAUUGCAAUACCGUUGGUAGAAUUACCGACAAUAUGUUAGGCAAAGGGACACAAGUGCAACUAAUGCGACAUUUUUAUUGUGGCAACGUUUCGCUCUCCAGGAGCUUUGUCAAGCUGUUACACACGUGUCCCUUUUACCUCAGAUAUUCUGGGUAAUUCUACCAACAUUAUUACAAUUUAACAGACACUGCGACUUACAGAUCUCUCAGUAUUGUUAUAACAUUACCUACUAGAGUAGAGUUAAUUAUCACUAUUUAACAAUGUGCAUUAUAAAUAUUUGUGUUAUAAUGCAUGAAGUGAGAAUGUUACCACAUGGUGAACGUCACAAGUCAUGUAAGGAAUUUGGGGAAUCGAACUGCCGUUCUUGUAAUUGAAUCUACGACUUUGUCGACUUAGCCACUUAGUAUGUUUUGUGUGAGCGUAAGGCUUGUUUUCAGAAUAAGCUUUAAAUGGAGGGAUGUGUCUCUAUUUCUAGAGCUCUAUCUAGUUAUGAUAAAGCUCUGCACAGAGUGGAACAUUGUCCCAAUUAGAGCCUGUCCUGGAACCCACGUCAUAUCUUGACUACUGUCACCAGUACGACCUCUGUGUGCAUCCUGUACUCUGUGUGCAUCCUGUACUCUGUGUGCAUCUGCACUCUGUGUGCAUCCUGUACUUUGUGUGCAUCCUGUACUCUGUGUGCAUCCUGUACUCUGUGUGCAUCCUGUACUCUGUGUGCAUCUGCACUCUGUGUGCAUCUGCACUCUGUGUGCAUACUGUACUCUGUGUGCAUCCUGUACUCUGUGAGUAUCCUGUACUCUGUGGCUGAGUCAGUACAUCCAUGGAACUACAAUUGUGGUAACACCAGGUCGACCUACACCGCUCCUUACACCAGGUUAACAUUGGAGUCCAGAAAUAUUACCGUCCAAAUCUGUGAUUUGAGGGCAUUGUCGCUUCUCAUAGCUUAGGGAAUGUCCUCUACCAUACCUUUCAUUAAUUUCAAAAUCUCUAGACAUAGCUACAAUGUGUAUAUAAAUAUGGCUGUGUAUAUACAUAGAAUAUAUAUCUGUAUAUAUUAGAGUACAGUAUACAGUAUGUAAGUACAUACAUUAUCCUUUGUUAAUCUCAACAUUGAAAAUUUAGCUAAUUUACCAAUAAUAAUUUUGACAAGAAAAAUAUAUGUUUAGUUUCGCUAUACAUCAGAAAAUUAACAUUUGACCUAAUGUUAAAAAGAUAUCUUGCUUGGCCUUUUAAAGAUUAUGUAAGAUAACAUGAGGUUAUUUAAGAUUAUAAAUACUUGUGUAUAUGUCAGCGAAACUAAGUUUGGUCCAUUAAUUAUUUUUGGUGGAAAAUUAAAAAAA